AUGUCCGACAUGGCUAGCAGGCUUGCCACGGCAACUGUGCCGGCGUUCAAGUGCCCUCAAGGAACCAAAAUGCAUAUCCUCAACCUUGGUAUUUUGAAUGUCGAUGAGGGAUGGCUCUUGCGAGGCGCCAACGGUGGCUCCAGUGCUGAUCCGAACCCAACGAACAAGCGCCGAGAUCUCGCCCUGAUAGCAGGGCUCAUCCAUCAUCCGACCGCUGGGCUCAUCCUCUUCGAGACCGGCUGUGCCGAGGACGUUGAGGUUAAGUGGGGAGCCCCAAUCACUGACGUUUUCCCGCGCACUACGUACAACGAGGAGCAUAAAUUACCAGCCGCCAUCAAAGCUGCCGGAUACGAUAUCAAGGAUGUAAAGGCAGUAGUGAUCGGUCAUUUGCACUUGGAUCAUGCGGGGGGUUUGGAGCAUUUCAUUGGGACAAAGACACCAAUCUAUGUCCACGAAGAAGAGUUCAAACAUGCAUGCUGGGCGGUAGCUACGGAGGCUGAUUUGGGAGUGUACCUGGGACACUACAUGGAUCUGGAGAAGCUCAAUUGGCAGACUUUCGACGAAGAGCAUUAUGAUGUGGCGGAGGGCAUUACGUUGCACUUUUCCCCAGGCCACACUCCCGGUCUGUGUGCCAUGCAAGUCAAUCUGGAGAAAGACGGGGCCUUCAUCUGGACGACUGACCAGUUCCAUGUCAAGGAGAACUUCGAAAUGACUCAUCCACAUGGCUGGCUAACGAGAGACUACAAUGCAUGGGUAAAGAGCACGAAGAUGUUACGCAAGCUUAAAGAGCAAUUUAACGCGAAAAUGAUCUACGGACACGACUUGGACACAGUGGAGGCCUUGGGGUAUAACAGAAAGGUGUUCGAAUGA